CAGAGGUGUGGUAGUCUACACCUGGUUCACAUUAGCUUGAUUGACUCUUUGUCCUUUAAAGAGGGCCGGAGAUUCAGUUCUGGUGAUCUCUCUCUCAAUCCUCACAUCCAGAAAAGUUCACAAUGAUGAUGCGUGCAGCCGUGGGUCUCUGGGUCCUAGCAGCGGUGAUCUGCGUCGGCAGCGGCGACAGUGUCUCCCUGGUGAACGACGCAAACAAAAAGUUUUCCUUCCGACUCUACAGGAAGUUAGCAGCUGAUGCUGACUCACAGGGAAAGAAUAUCUUCUUCUCCCCAUUUAGUGUGUCGGUCGCCUUGGCUGCAUUGUCCGUGGGAGCGCAGGGUGCGACGCACCGUCAGCUUUUCAGUGGUCUGGGUUUCAGCAGCUCCCUCCUGACGCAGACAGAUGUGGACCAGGCCUUCCAGACGUUCCUCCAUAGCGCCACCAACCCAUCUCAGGAGGACGCCAGCGACGGGACCGCCGUGUUUGUGGACAAGUACUUCAAGCCGAAGCCAAAGUUCCUGCAGACCCUGAAGCUGUCGUACUUCGCAGAUGGGUUCAAUGUGGACUUCAGCAAAGCUACAGAAAGUGCUGAUUACAUCAAUAAAUAUGUGAAGAAGAAGACCAACAGGAAGAUUGACAAGCUGGUGGAAGACCUGGAUCCAAACACAGUCAUGUAUCUCAUCAGCUACAUCUACUACAAAGGAAAGUGGGCGACUCGGUUUGACCCUGAGUUCACCAAGCAGGACGACUUCAACGUGGACGAGAACACCAAGGUUCCAGCCGUCAUGAUGAAUCGGGAGGAUAAUUUCCACAUCUAUCGCGACCGUGAGCUGAAGACAACGGUCCUCCAGCUCCCCUUCAAAAGCUCCUACUCCAUGCUGCUUAUGUUGCCUGACAUCAUGGCAACACUGGAGAACGCCAUCUCCCCGAACCACAUCACCAAAUGGCUGAAGGCUAUGGUGACACCCAGGAGAUAUGAUGUAUACAUUCCAAAGUUCUCCAUCAAGACUUCCUACAACCUGAACGAUGUGCUGUCAGAAAUGGGAAUGACAAACAUGUUUGAUGAUCGUGCAAAUUUCAGACGCAUUUCAGAGGUGCAAGGACUGGUAGUCUCACAAGUUGGGCACCAAGCUACGCUGGUCGUGGAUGAAGCCGGAGCCACCGCUGCAGCGGCCACAAUCAUACGCGAAUCUGCCCACCUGGCCCCAGUCCCUGUGUUGAAGUUCAAUCGUCCAUUCAUGGUCAUCAUCGCUGAACGUAACACUGAGAAAAUACUCUUCUUGGGAAAGAUUAUCAAGCCAACCAUCUGAUGGAUCAUGACUUUGUUUGCUCGAGCACAGCUGUUGCAUCUUCAUAUAAAGAAUUCAGAAAAACUU